UAAUGUGAACUUUAUUGGGUUGUCUUUGAACUUGUACUUCUUUACCAGCCCCUUCAUUCCGGCUCUCGGUUGCCAUCUGUCGGUAAGGAAUUGUAUUUUUAGGUUUAAAAUGAGCGGUCCGAGUCGUCUUGCUUUAAAGCAGUCCAGAGGGGAACAGAACAACACCUGUCCACCCCUGAUUACGUCUGAGAUGGUUUAGCGGUUUCACACUACAAAGAGAGGUUGCUUGGACUUAAUGGCAACACCACUGGAGUUCUUCCAUUGUGAGGAGGAUUUACAACAAUUAAUAGCAAUUCGUGAUUUUGAACCAUUUUGAAAGACGACUGACUGUAAAUUAUACCGUCCUGGAUUUAUUUUCUAAUAGGUUUUCGCUAUGUCGGUCGAAAAAAAUACUGAUGUAUUACCUGCCGAAGAGAUUUUUCUUUAUAUAGCUCGUGUUCGUCAAAUAAAAAAAACCUGAUAUCGUUCGAGUAAAAAAGUCCAAUGAACAGUUAUCGAUGCUUUCGGGAUCCGACGUCGGCUUUCCUAGAGGAAUAAGACAAACGUUAUGAAUUUCACAGAGUUUUACUUAAAAUUCGGACACUUGUUUCCGAAGAACUUUUCCUUUCUGGGGCACACCAUCAAGAACCUGAGUGCUCGCGAAGCGCUUCCUUUCGCGGAUAACGUGCUUUUCACGGGGCACGAACCAGGUACCAUAGUGCUGGUGGUGAUGUACACCCUGUCGUUCGUCAUCGGGCUCGUUGGCAACAUCAUGGCACUCAGGGUGCUCACACGGAAGAGAAGGAACAGGCUCUCCGGCGUUUCGGCCACCAGAAGUCUUCUGAUCAACCUGGCCGUGUGCGACAUGAUGGUGGUGUGUAUCUGCAUGCCGGUGAACUUGGGACACCAGGUAUAUAACGCCUGGGUGUUUGGUGACUUUUUGUGCCGGACUGUCCCCUUCGUUCAAGCCGUAUCAGUGGCGGCCAGCGUUCUAAGCCUGGCCGUGAUCAGCCUGAAUCGCUACUACAGCGUCCACAACCCCCUGAACGCCAGGUCGUUCUUCACCUGCAGGAAGAUCUUUUGGAUGAUUUGCGUUGUGUGGGCUCUGUCCUCGGGGCUGUGCAUGCCGUUGAUCUUCAUGAACAAGAGCAAGGACUUGGUCCUCCUGGACGGCAAGCAGGCUAUCACCGUGUGCAUGGAGAGCUGGCCACACGUCAAGCUGAGGCAGGCUUAUAACUUUCUGCUUUUCUGCGCCUUGUACGGCUUCCCCGUCCUUUUCAACCUGAUCAUUUGCUUUCUCACUGGGCGCAAGCUCUGGAGCACGGACGACAAAUUCAAAGAGUGCAAUAAGUGUAACGUGGCUCAGUCGGUGUCCCGGCUGAAAGUGCGCAAGAAAAUAGCUAAGAUGGUGGUGGCUCUGGUACUGCUCUUCACACUGUCCUGGCUGCCUCUGUACGUAGUGGACAUCUGGAUCGACUUCAACAUGCCGAACGGACUGGGGGGCGAAGAGUACCUUGACCAUGUUGAGCAUGAAUGGAUCCUACAAGGGAGACCCUUCGCGCAGUGGUUGGGCCUGACGAACUCGGCUUUAAACCCUUUGUGUUACUGCUUUGUGGGCAACCUGUACCGAUCGGCGCAGAAGUUUCGAAAAAGCUACCGAGAGAAGUUUUCCUCGGUAUUCAGUCUGCCCCUGGCUCAGACGUCGACGACGUCGACGAGCAGCUCAGUUCCAAAGCUGGUGUCUUACAGCCGAUCUUCGUCCGAAAACUGUGGCGCGGAGAUGUGUGCGUGGAGAGGCUACGCAGAUCUGGGCGACAACCUGACUAAAAGCAAAAGUCUGUCGUCCGUAACAGUGUGUGAAACGGUGUUUGACUGAAAAAAAAACAAAGGCGCACGGUGCCCCUUUUGUGUAUGUGUGUGACCGUGAAGAUGAAAAUAAAAGAAUCAGCAAGCCUGUAACUAUACAAAGUUUUCAUUUGGCGCAAGGUUUCUUCUUCAAAUUUGCUUUAUUUUAAAAAUGUACGUUACUUAUGUAAUGAAAAUGACGGAGUUCGAAAGACAAUGGUUUGAGGGGAAAAUAGAACGGGAGAAAAAUAAUAAACACCAAAACAGUA